CUGAAGCCCACUUCACCUGGACACUAACUAUGGGGUGGACAACUCUGUGGUUGUGUGUUCUCGCUCUGCCACUAACGAGCGCCGUCCAGGUGAAAGCCAAGAAAGCUCGCCAGUCCAACCAUGUGAACAGCAUCUGCAGCACCUGGGGCAGAGAGCACUUCAAGACCUUCGAUGGAGACGUGUACCAGUUCCCAGGGACGUGUGAAUACAACCUGGCCUCAGACUGCCACUCUGAGUCCUACCAGGAGUUCUCUGUGCACCUGAAGAGGAACGAGGCUACUGAGACCGAGGGGAACCCUACGGUCAAACACGUAGUGGUCACUAUCAACGACCUGGUCUUCCAUCUGACCAAGACUCAGGUCGCGGUCAAUGGAGAAAUUGUAACUCUGCCGUACUACAAUGGAGGAGUCCAACUGGAGAGGAAUGCAGUUUACACCAAACUUUACUCCAAGGUUGGCCUGGUUGUCAUGUGGAAUGGAGAAGAUGCCGUCAUGGUGGAGCUGGACAUGGAGUAUACCAACCGUACCUGUGGUCUCUGUGGAGACUUCAAUGGCCUUCCAGUCCACAGUGAAUUUAUUCAUGAUGGUCGUAAAGUGAGCCCCAUUGAGUUUGGAAACAGGCAGAAGGUCCACAGGCCCAACGAGGACUGUGAAGAUCCCUAUGAAGAGGAAGAGGAAGAUGAACCUGCAGACGUUCAGCCUAAAGAGGACACAUGCAAGGAGUUUCAUGCCCAGUGUGGCCAGCUCCUGCGCUCGGCGUUGUGGAGCUCCUGUGGUGCGGUCGUGAACCCUGAGCCCUACAUCCAGGCCUGUGUUCAGGACCUGUGUGGCUGCAGCAACACUUCUGAUAGCUUCUGUGUCUGCAGCACCCUGGCAGAGUACUCCAGACAGUGCUCCCACGCCGGGGGACAGCCACCCCACUGGAGAACAACAACCUUCUGUGACAAGCAGUGUCCGUUCAACAUGGUGUAUCUGGAGAGUGGCUCUCCCUGCAUGGAUACCUGUACGCACUCAGACACCAGCUCCCUGUGUGAAGAACACCUGAUGGACGGCUGCUUCUGCCCUCACGGGACUGUGUUUGAUGACAUCUCAAAGCGGGGGUGUGUCACUCAGGACCAGUGUCAGUGCAAACACGACAAAGUUUACAACUCUGGAGAAGUAUUCAGACAGGACCGUGAGGAAUGUGUCUGUCACCAUGGUCAGUGGUCCUGUAAAAGUCUGCCCAGCCCUGGUACAUGUGCAGUUGAGGAGGGUUCACACGUGACGACCUUCGAUGGGAAAGCAUUCACCUUCCAUGGGGACUGCUACUACCCCUUAGCCAAGUUGGAAAGCAAGAAUGAAGCCAGUCCAAAGUUCACUGUGCUGGUCCAGCUGGUUCCCUGUAUAAGACAGAAGUUUGACACUUGCCUCAAGAGUGUUGUGGUCUUGUUAAACAAUGAUAGAAACAACGCUUUGGUGAUUACCGCCGAUGGGAAAGUCAGCCACAAUGCACAGAUCACUCUGCCUUACAACACAGCUGACAUCAGUGUGUUCAAGCCGUCGUCCUUCCACAUGAUUCUACAGACCAGCUUUGGGCUGCAGGUUCAGAUCCAGCUGGUCCCUAUCAUGCAGGUUUAUGUCACCCUGGACGAGAGCUACAAGACUAAGACACAAGGUCUGUGUGGGAACUUCAACAAGGUUCUUUCUGAUGACAUGAAGACCCCUCAGGGUAUGGUGGAGGGAACAGCCUCUUCAUUUGGGAACUCCUGGAAGGCUAAUCCUACCUGUAGAGACAGAGAGGAGAGGCUGGACGAUCCCUGCUCCCUCAGUGUGGAGAAUGAGAACUAUGCUAAACAUUGGUGCUCCAUGCUAAGAAGUUCUGACAGCACUUUUGCCAAGUGCCAUGCCAUGGUAGACCCCGAGCUUUACUACAAGCGAUGCACAUACGCUAGCUGCAACUGUGAGAAGAGUGAAGACUGCCUGUGUGCCGUCUUCUCCUCCUAUGUGCGAGACUGUGCUACCAAGGGAGUGGUCCUGUCGGGCUGGAGAGACAACGUGUGUGACAAAUACACUGGUAACUGCCCAGCGUCUCAGACCUACUCUGACCAGCUCCAGAGAUGUCAGCUGACUUGUAGCUCCCUGGCCAGCAAACGCCAAGGUUGUACCAACGACUUCCUCGCCGUGGAUGGUUGCUCCUGCCCGGACGGACUCUACAUGGAUGAUAGGGGCACCUGUGUACCCAUGGACAAAUGCCCCUGCUUCCACAACGGGGUCCACAUCAAGCCUGGGAAAUCCAUCAACAUUCAGGAGGAGCACUGUGUCUGCAACAAUGGGAAGCUUCACUGCCGUUCCUGGAAAAUGCGUUCAGAGAGUACCUGCCAAUCGCCGAAGGUGUUCUUGAACUGCUCCAAUGACCUGGGAGUACAGUGUACACGGAGCUGUAGGAACCCAGAUUUCAUGGACUGUUUCUCCGCAGAGUGUGAGUCCGGGUGCAAGUGUCCCAUGAGUCUGUGGGAGGAUGGGAAAGGUAUGUGUGUGAAAAAACAUGAAUGCCCAUGCAGCCAUGAUGGAUUCCUCUACGCCCCAGGAAAACAGAUCCCAAACAGAUGUAACACUUGCACCUGUAAGAGUGGGAAAUGGGAGUGCACAGAUAAGAAGUGCCCAGGAACCUGUACCAUCUACGGCAGUGGCCAUUACAAAACCUUUGAUGAGCGCACGUAUGGCUUCCAAGGAAAAUGUGGCUAUGUGGCUGUCCAGAACAAAUGUGGGAACCGGCCUGUCCAGGACAACUUCAUGGUGAUCACAGAGAACAUACCGUGUGGAACCACAGGCACCACUUGCUCCAAGUCUGUCAGGGUUCAACUGGGGAGAAAAGAGUUCAAACUAUCAAAGGGGACCUAUGAAAUGGUGGACCUAGGAGUGGGCUCUCAGAUCCAGUACCAAGUGAGGACCGUCGGUCUGUACCUGAUUGUUGAGUCAGACAUCGGGAUCGCAGUGCAGUGGGACCGCAAAACUACCGUCCGCAUCGUCCUGGAGCCACAGCAUACUGGAGCAGUGUGCGGCCUGUGUGGGAACUACAAUGGAGACGGCAGAGAUGACUUCACCACGCAAGGUCAGCUAGUAGUCAGCAGCCCUGUGGAUUUUGCUAACAGCUGGAAAGUGUCAAGCACUUGCCCCAACGCAGAAAGCAACGUGGACCCAUGUGGAGCCAGACCCAACCGUCACAACUGGGCUAAGAUGCAGUGCAGCAUCAUCACAGGAAAGACUUUCCAACUGUGCCACAAGAAGGUAGACCCUACUCUGUACUUUGAGAACUGUGUGAAAGACUCCUGUGCCUGUGAUACUGGUGGAGACUGUGAGUGUCUCUGUACAGCUGUAGCAGCCUACGCCCAGGCCUGCACUGAAGCUGGAGUCUGUGUUGCAUGGAGAACACCAGAGAUCUGUCCUGUGUUCUGUGACUACUACAACGAUCCAGGUGAAUGUGAAUGGCAUUACAGCCCUUGCCACACACCUUGCUACAAGACCUGUCUGAAUCCAAAUGGGACCUGUGACAACCCUCUUCCCAAUCUGGAAGGUUGUUACCCACGAUGCCCUCCAGAUAGGCCAAUAUUUGAUGAAGAGACCGGGGAGUGUGUUGAGAAAUGUGUUCCAACACCAACACCAACACCAACACCAACACCAACACCAACACCAACACCAACACCAACAACAACACCGUGGACACCAACAACUACCACAUUGACAACACCACCUCCAACAACAACACCAAUACCACCAACACCACCAACAACCACACCAACACCACCAUCAACAACAACCACACCAAUACCACCAACACCACCACCACCAACAACAACGAUACCAUCAACAACAACAACAACCACACCAACAACAACCACACCAACACCACCAUCAACAACAACAACACCAAUACCACCAACACCAACAACACCAAUAUCAACACCAACAACAACCACACCAACACCACCAUCAACAACAACAACACCAAUACCACCAACACCAACAACACCAAUACCAACACCAACAACAACAACAACAAUACCACCAACAACAACGACCACACCAAUACCAACACCAACAACAACAAUACCGACAACAACAACACCAAUACCAACAACAACAACAACAACACCACCACCAACAACAACAACAACACCACCACCAACAACAACAACAACACCAAUACCAACAACAACAACAACAACAACAAUACCACCAACAACAACACCAACACCAACAACAACCACACCAAUACCGACAACAACAACAACAAUACCACCAACAACUACCCCCCAGACACCAGAGCCAACAACUACUCCUUGUAUUCCUACCUGUGAGUGGUCAGAAUGGUAUGAUGAAGAUGAUGAUAAAGACAAGAGCGACUGGGAAACAUAUUGGAAUAUCACACAGAGUGGAAAAGAAGUGUGUGAAGAUCCACAGGAUAUUGAAUGUGUAGCUACAGACUAUCCUGAUAUGAGCUUAGAGGACUAUGUAGCUUCGACAGGCCAAGUUGUGGAGUGCAAUGUUGACUUCGGAUUAAUAUGUGAAGAAAAUAAACAGACUCAGAGACCAUAUAAGUGCAAGAACUAUAAGAUUAGGGUCCUCUGUUGCGUUGAAUGUUUAUCAACAACAUCACCAAAACCAACAACACCACCAACACCAACAACAACAACAACAACACCUUCACCACCAACAACAACCACACCAACAACAACAACAACAACAACAACACCAACAACAACACCAACACCACCAACAACAACCACACCAACACCACCGACAACAACCACACCAACACCACCAACAACAACCACACCAAUACCACCAACAACAACACCAAUACCACCAACAACAACACCCAUACCAACAACAACAACAACACCAACACCACCAUCAACAACAACAACAACAACACCAACACCUCCAACUACAACAACACCAAUACCACCAACAACAACAACACCAACACCACCAUCAACAACAACAACAACAACAACACCAACACCUCCAACUACAACAACAACGACACCAAUUCCACCACCAACAACAACAACACCAACAACACCAACAACAACACCAAUACCACCGACAACAACCACACCAAUACCACCAACAACAACAACACCAAUACCACCAACAACAACACCCAUACCAACAACAACAACAACACCAAAAACAACAACAACCACACCAAUACCAACAACAACAACAACACCACCACCAACAACAACACCAACAACAACCACACCAAAACCAACAACAACACCAACAACAACCACACCAAUACCAACAACAACAACCACCACACCAAAACCAACAACAACAACAACACCAACAACAACAACACCAAUACCAACAACAACAACCACCACACCAAUACCACCAACAACAACACCCAUACCAACAACAACAACACCAAAAACAACAACAACCACACCAAUACCAACAACAACACCAACAACAACCACACCAAUACCAACAACAACAACAAUACCACCAACAACUACCCCCCAGACACCAGAGCCAACAACUACUCCUUGUAUUCCUACCUGUGAGUGGUCAGAAUGGUAUGAUGAAGAUGAUGAUAAAGACAAGAGCGACUGGGAAACAUAUUGGAAUAUCACACAGAGUGGAAAAGAAGUGUGUGAAGAUCCACAGGAUAUUGAAUGUGUAGCUACAGACUAUCCUGAUACGAGCUUAGAGGACUAUGUAGCUUCGACAGGCCAAGUUGUGGAGUGCAAUGUUGACUUCGGAUUAAUAUGUGAAGAAAAUAAACAGACUCAGAGACCAUAUAAGUGCAAGAACUAUAAGAUUAGGGUCCUCUGUUGCGUUGAAUGUUUAUCAACAACAUCACCAAAACCAACAACACCACCAACACCAACAACAACACCAACAACAACAUCUUCACCACCAACAACAACCACACCAACACCAACAACAACACCAACAACAACACCAACACCAACAACAACACCCACACCACAAACAACAACAACCACACCAACAACAACAACAACAACACCAACACCAACAACAACAACACCAAUACCACCAACAACAACAACACCAACAACAACAACACCAACACCACCAACAACAACACCAAUACCACCAACAACAACAACACCAACAACAACAACACCAACACCACCAACAACCACACCAAUACCACCAACAACAACAACACCAACAACAACAACAACAACACCAACAACAACAACACCAACACCACCAACAACAACAACACCAAUACCACCAACAACAACAACACCAACACCACCAACAACAACACCAAUACCACCAACAACAACGACAACACCUUCACCACCAACAACAACCACACCAACACCACCAACAACAACCACACCAACACCACCAACAACAACGACAACAACACCUUCACCACCAACAACAACACCAAUACCACCAACAACAACAACACCAACAACAACAACACCAACACCACCAACAACAACACCAAUACCACCAACAACAACAACACCAACAACAACAACACCAACACCACCAACAACAACAACACCAAUACCACCAACAACAACAACACCAAUACCAACAACAACAACGACAACACCUUCACCACCAACAACAACCACACCAACACCACCAACAACAACGACAACAACACCUUCACCACCAACACCAACAACACCAACAACCCCAACACCACCAACAACAACAACAACAACACCACCACCAACAACAACCACACCAACACCACCAACUACAACAACACCAAUACCACCAACAACAACACCAAUACCAACAACAACAACAACACCAACAACAACACCAACACCACAAACAACAACAACACCAAUACCACCAACAACAACGACACCAAUUCCACCACCAACAACAACAACAACAACACCUUCACCACCAACAACAACCACACCAACACCACCAACUACAACAACACCAAUUCCAACAACAACAACAACAACACCUUCACCAACAACAACAACCACACCAACACCACCAACAACAACAACACCAACACCACCAACAACAACAACAACAAAAACAACACCAACAACAACACCAACAACAACACCAACAACACCACAAACAACAACAACAACAACAACAACAACACCACAAACAACAACAACACCAAUACCACCAACAACAACGACACCAAUUCCACCACCAACAACAACAACAACAACACCUUCACCACCAUCAACAACCACACCAACACCACCAACAACAACAACACCAACAACAACACCAACAACACCACUAUCAACAACAACGACACCAAUUCCACCAACAACAACAACAACAACAACACCUUCACCACCAACAACAACCACACCAACACCACCAACAACAACAACAACAAAAACAACACCAACAACAUUACCAACAACAACACCAACAACAACACCAACAACAACACCAACAACAACACCAACAACAACACCAACAAUUCCACCAACAACAACAACACCAACAACAACGACACCGUCACCGUCACCACCAACAACAACAACACCAAUACCAACAACAACAACAACGACACCAAAACCAACAACAACAACGACACCGUCACCACCAACAAUAACCACACCAAUACCACCAACAACAACCAAACCAAUACCACCAACAACAACAACAACAACACCAGCAACAACACCAUCAACACCAACAACAACAACAACACCUUCACCACCAACAACAACCACACCAACACCACCAACAACAACAACACAGAAACCAACAACAACAACACCAAAACCCACAACACCACCAACACCAACAACAACAACAACAACACCUUCACCACCAACAACAACCACACCAACACCACCAACAACAACAACACCAACAACAACACCAACACCACAAACAACAACGACAGCAAAUCCACCAACAACAACAACAACAACACCUUCACCACCAACAACAACCACACCAACAACAACACCAAUUCCACCACCAACAACAACAACAACACCAACACCACCAACAACAACAACCACACCAACACCACCAACAACAACGACACCAAUUCCACCAACACCACCAACAACAACAACACCUUCACCACCAACAACAACCACACCAACAACAACCACACCAAUACCACCAACAACAACAACACCAAUUACUACAACAACCACACCAAUACCACCAACAACACCACCAACAACAACACCAACACCACCAACAACAACACUAACACCACCAACACCAACACCACCAACUACAACCACACCAACACCACCAACAACAACAAAACCAACACCACCAACUACAACAUCAACCACACCACCAACAACAACAACAACAACACCAACAACAACACCCACACCACCAACAACAACACCAACAACCACACCAACACCACCAACAACAACCACACCAACACCAGCACCAACAACUACCACACCUAAACCACCAACUACAACGGAAGCCACAACUCUAACCACAACCCCAACGACAACAGAAGAAUCAACGACAACCCCCAGGACAACUGAAAAACCAGCCACACCCACCCCUGUCAUAGACACCACAACCACUAAAGCUCCUACAACAACACCUAAACCACCAACUACAACAGAAGCCACAACUCCAAUGACAUCCACAUCACCAACAACCCAUGAAUCGGUUGUCACCGGUCCUCCAAUAACUGUUCCGACACCAGUAACAGGAGGUGUAGUCAGUUCAAUACCAACCACAACUGGGAUACCAACCCCACCACCAAUCACUUGUCCUGAAUGGGACAAAGUGCAAAAUGAAACUUUCUGGCUGUGCAACUGCACUUUGGCCAGAUGCAUUGAAAACAACACCAUUGAAAUCAUCCCAUACGAAUGCCCAGAGCCUGAGCCAAUCACAUGUACCAAUGGCAAGAAACCAGUGCUACAGUGGGAUGAGUUCUACUGCUGCCAGCACUACGUGUGUGACUGUGUCUGUGAGGGUUGGGGAGACCCCCAUUACAUCACCUUCGAUGGGCUCUUCUACAGCUUCCAAGGGAACUGCACCUAUGUGCUGAUGGAGGAGAUGUGGCCGCGUCACCAAUUUAAGAUCUACAUCGACAAUGUCAACUGUGAUCCCACCGAGGAUGUGUCUUGUCCUCGAGCCAUCAUCGUGUCCUACCGCUCAACAGUUAUAACACUGAAGAAUCACAACCUCAUUGGAGCUGCUCAGUUGGAGGCUCUUAUUGAUGGAGUUUCCCUGAGACUACCCUUCACACGGCACGGUGUGAAGGUGAUGAACUCUGGUAUCAACAUGGUGUUGGAGAUAGCACACCUCCAGGUGGUAGUUACCUUUGGUGUCACUGGCUUCAGCGUCAACCUUCCUUGGCAACACUUUGGCAACAAUACACAGGGUCAUUGUGGAACAUGUAGCAACAACCAGGCUGAUGACUGCAUGUUGCCAGGAGGUCAGCUGGUGGAGAACUGUGCUGUGAUGGCAGACUACUGGCAAGCCAAGGACAUCUCCCAGCCUGACUGCCAUUUGCCACCUGGAAUCCCCACCAACUCUCCUCUCCCUGAACCCACACAGAAGCCAUGCAAGCCAGACUCCUCUGUCUGUGAUCUCCUGAAGGACAGCAUCUUUGCAGCCUGUCAUCCGUUUGUCUCGCCUGACAACUUCUACAAGGGCUGUGUCUAUGACAGCUGCCACGUGUCCAACCCAGCGGUGGAGUGCACCAGUCUGCAGACAUACGCUGCUGCCUGUGCCCAGUUUGGAGUAUGCAUCUACUGGAGAAACCACACCGAGCUCUGUGCCAGCGACUGCCCAGCUGACAAAGUCUACAAGCCCUGCGGUCCUGCAGAACAGCCAACCUGUGAUGACAAUCCAGACGAGUCUAGGAUGAACUUCACCACAGAAGGCUGCUUCUGUCCUGAUGGGAUGAAACUCUUCAACAAGGAAUCAGGGAUCUGUGUUGAUAAGUGUGGAUGCAUUGACCCUGAAGGUGUUCCGCGAGAGUUCAACGAGAGGUUUGAGUACAAGUGCCAGGAUUGCGUUUGUUUGGAGUCCACCAAGGCUGUGACCUGUAAACCCAAGGUCUGCUCCAAACCACCAGUAGAGAUAUGCACCGGGCCAGGCUUUGUAUAUGUCAACCAAACCGAUCCAUCCGAUCCAUGCUGCUCCAGCCUCGUCUGCCGUUGUGACAGCAGCACUUGCCCACCAACCAACAUGAACUGUCCUAUUGGGUUCGUGCCAGUGGUUUCAGUCCCGGAGGGAAAAUGCUGUCCAGAGCACACAUGUGAGCCUAAAAGAGUUUGUCUUCACAAAGGCGUUGAAUACCUGCCCAAUUCUAAAGUUCCAGGAUCGGAGUGCCAGGAGUGCACCUGCACCAACAAAGUGGACCCCAAGUCUGGUCAUUACCAAAUUGACUGUGGAUUCAUGCAAUGUGACAAAGAUUGUGAAAAGGGAUAUGAGUACCAGGAGCCAGACUAUUCCUCAGAUGACUGCUGCGGUAAAUGUGUUCAGACCCACUGUGUCCUCCAGAUCAAUGGGACCAAGCAGUUGUUGAAGCAUGGAGAUACAUGGUCAGCUCCUGGUGACAAGUGCCAGCAGUACAGCUGUGUGAAAAACGGUGAUAGCUAUCUGACCCAGAGCUCCAACAUCCAUUGCCCACCCUUCCAGCAGGCCAACUGCCAGCCUGGUUCCAUUCAGACCGCUGCAAACGGCUGCUGUAGAAUUUGUGUGGAGAAGGACAAGGCCUGUAAGAUAGGAUCCAUGAAGAGUUUCAUCAACCACAAGAACUGCCAGUCUAUUGAGGAGGUGGAGAUGCCGUACUGUGAGGGAUCCUGCAACACCUUCACCAAGUACUCUGCGAUGGCUGCGUCUCUGGACCACUCGUGUGCCUGUUGCCAGGAGUCCCGGUCCAGUAACCGCACGGUGGACCUACAGUGUCUGAAUGGAGAUGUGGUGCCCUACACCUACCUACACGUGGAGGAGUGUAACUGCAGACACAGCGACUGCCACAGAGCCAUUAGGGUGCCUGUCCGUAAGACACGCAGCAACACGCUGGUGUAAAUGGGAUCCGUACUAAUCCAGAUGGGACGAGUCCAGCACCAAUCCAAUCCACUCGCUGUUUACUAAAGAAGACCCUGCUUCACAUGGCUGUUAUUUAUCUAAUGGCUUUGAUUUAUAUGUCAAAUGUAGGUUCAAUGAUAUUUAAAAUGUAGAAACUUAUGCUUACUUAAUUAUGCUUACAAAUUAAAAUGCAACCCUUCAAAUA